UUCCCACAAACCUAACCCAAAAUCACGCGAGAAUUGUCCGCAGCUGUAUUUUCUCUAGCCAGAACCGAGCUCGCGUGUGAUGUGAUUGUGUAUUCUCGUUGUUUUUCUCUCUUGAGUGUUUUAUUGAGAGUAAACAGAGUCUUGUCGCUGUGUAUUUUAGUGUAAGUUAUAUCGAUGAUGAGAAAUGAGAUGGAUGUGCUGUAAAUCAGUAGGAAGUUGUCUGUCCAUGCGGGAUAUUGAUGAUUUCACCACAGAAAUCUCUCAGCUCAGAAAGAAAUGGCGUUACUGGAGGGAAAGUUGAGGUCAAGAGGAGACGAAGAAGUGAAGAAAGAGGAUGUGGAUGUGUUUUGUUGUGAAUCUUCAGUGUAUGUGACUGACGGGAUGUCCACAGAAUGUUUAAAUCAAAGCUCACCACAGUUACUGCUGGACAAACUCUCUGAAGAGAAAUUCAGACACACACAGGACUCAAAUCUCAGUCUCACUUUACUCUGUUAUACUGAGUCAAAGCCCACAGACGCUCAGGACACUGCAGUGUGUGACAGUAUUCAGGGUUUAAAGGAUGAGGAAUCUACUGAUCAAACCUCCACAGAGUCUCUGGAUUCUGCCUGUAACGCUGGAGAACAGCAGCAGAUCCUGCAGACCACACUGAAGAUGUGUUCAGUCAAACUGGUGGACUGCAGGAACCUGAUAAUGAAGAUAAAAACGCAACCUAUUGAAGAGGAAGAUCGUACAGAGGACUUUAUCCUGCCAGAUGAGAAGAGUGAUACAUGUUCUGAUGAAGGAAGGUCCUCAACAUCAAAAGAGCGACUGGCAGCACAAACUCAAGAGAAGAAACUUCAUUCAGAAAAGCACAGAGAGAAGAAGAAGAAGUUUCACUGUGAGCAUUGUGGGAAGAAUUUUGUCUACUUAUCUCAGCUUAAAGCCCACAUGAGGACACACAGUGAUGAAAAGCCUUUCUACUGCACUGAAUGUGGCAAUUACUACAGGACCAAAUAUAGUCUUAAUGCUCAUAAGAGAAUUCACACAGGAGAAAAAGCGUACAAGUGCAGCGAAUCUGAAAAAAAUAGGGAUUCAGGUUCAUUAAAAUCACACCAGAAUAUUCACUCUAAAGAUAAACUAUAUCAAUGUUCACACUGUGAUAAACGUUUUCAUCUAAAUUAUCUUCUGAUAUGCCAUCAGAGAAUUCACACUAGAGAGAAACCUCAUCACUGUAGUGUUUGUGGGAAGAGUUUUCAUCAGCGUUCCCACUUAGUGUCACACCAGAGAACUCAUACAGGUGAAAAACCUUACAAAUGUCCUCAUUGUGAGAAGAUGUUUGCUCGACAAGAUGUCCUGAGAACCCAUCAGAGAGUUCAUACAGGAGAAAAACCUUACGUCUGCUCUUACUGUGGAAAAAGCUUCUCUGAUCCAUCUCAUUUCAGAGUUCAUCAGAGAGUUCAUACAGGAGAAAAACCUUACGUCUGCUCUCACUGUGAAAAAAGCUUCUCUGAUCCAUCUCAUUUCAGAGUUCAUCAGAGAGUUCACGCAGGAGAAAAACUUUACGUCUGCUCUCACUGUGAGAAAAGCUUCUCUGCUCAAUCUCAUUUCAAAGUUCAUCUGAGAGUUCACACUGGAGAGAAACCGUAUCACUGUAAUGUUUGUGGGAAGAGUUUUAAUCAACGUUUCAACUUAGUGACACACCAGAGAACUCAUACAGGUGAAAAACCUUACAAAUGUCCUCAUUGUGAGAAAACAUUUGCUCGACAAGGUGUCAUGAGAAUCCAUCAGAGAGUUCAUACAGGAGAAAAACCUUACGUCUGCUCUCACUGUGAAAAAAGCUUCUCUGAUCAAUCUCAUUUCAAAGUUCAUCUGAGAGUUCACACUGGAGAGAAACCGUAUCACUGUAAUGUUUGUGGGAAGAGUUUUAAUCAACGUUUCAACUUAGUGACACACCAGAGAACUCAUACAGGUGAAAAACCUUACAAAUGUCCUCAUUGUGAGAAAACAUUUGCUCGACAAGGUGUCAUGAGAACCCAUCAGAGAGUUCACACAGGAGAAAAACCUUACGUCUGCUCUCACUGUGAAAAAAGCUUUUCUAAGCAAUCUCAUCUCAGAGUUCAUCUGAGAGUUCACACUGGAGAGAAACCUUACGUCUGCUCUCACUGUGGAAAACGCUUCUCUGAUGGAUCUCAAUUCAGAGUUCAUGAGAGAGUUCACACUGGAGAAAAACCUUUUGUCUGCUCUCACUGUGGAAAACGCUUCUCUGAUGGAUCUCAUUUCAGAGUUCAUCUGAGAGUUCACACAGGAGAAAAACCUUAUCACUGUAAUGUUUGUGGGAAGAGUUUCAGUCAAAAAAAGUUUUUAGUGAAACACCAGCGAAUUCACACUUUAUAAAUGCUUUCAGUUGGAUAAGAUGUUUGCUCGACAAGAUGGUCUGAGAAUCCAUCAGAGGGUUCAUACAGGAGAAGAACCUUAUCACUGCCAUCAUUGUGGAAAGAGCUUCUCUACUCAAUCACAUGAAGAAAGAGGAGUUACUACUGUGAGAGGAGCAAGUACGAGUCAUGCAACACUAUACAACACUGUUUAACUUCUGUGUUACAUGACAUAUUGAAUCAUAAGUCUUACUUAAAGGUGCUCUAAGCGAAUUGAAGCGUUUUAGACCAUAAAACAUUUUUUGUUACAUACCGGAAACAUCUCCUCACUAUCUGCUUGCUGCCUGUCCGCUGAUCAAACUGUAAAAAAACGCGAUCUUUGUAGACAGCCCAGGCUUCACAAACGGCAAUAUCAACAAAUGGCCAAACCUAGCAUCACAAAUCAAAACAAAGUAUUCCAGCCAAUAAACGACAAAAAGGAUUUGGGGGUGGGGGUUGGGCGCGUUCAUGAAACCACGGAAGGGAGGGGGAGGGGGAGGAGUUAGCUACGCUCCGUCUGUUUGAAAACAGUUUCGAAAGUCAACAAUAACUAACGUCUCGCAGAUUCGCUUAGAGAACCUUUAACGCAUGCAACUCUUGACCCGGUUGGGAAAAUCCAGCGCAUCAAACACACACACAAAACUCCGCUGCUAGCCCCUAUAACAAACUUUAUCCAUUGUUUUCAUAAGGCUGGCUUUCUUCUCCUUACAUCCAAAAACACACUUCUUCUUUCCUGCCAUAGUUGAGUUUUAAAAUUAAGAAGCUGUCACGUGAUGUGAUGUUUGCAAGUUCUAGCGUCUCCCGCUGAUUGACGGGUGGGCGGGGUUUUCUGGGGGAAGUGCCCAUAAAUGAUACGUAUUGGUACGUAUAUUGGUACGAUAUACGUAAAAGAAAAUGAUAUGUAUAGAAACCCCUGAAACGUCAGCUGAACCCGUAAUCGAAAAAAACUUUCCGAAACUUGUACAAACCCUGGAGAAGUGCAUUCGGCACAGAAAUACUCUGUAACACACCCAACUGCUUUUUUGACAUUUUUGCCAACAUUUAGCAUGAGGAAG